UCCUCAUUCCCGCUUUGACUCUCGUUCCUCUCAGUCUAUGCGAGGCGGCGGUAAACGCGAGUCACUGCCCACCGACCAUGGGCACUAUGAAGUUUCUAAACUUCCUUCUCAUACUUAACUUUAUAAUUCUAACAUCGUCCGAAGUAUGUCCGCCGAAAUGCCAGUGCAAUAGAAAUGCCAUAAGAUGCUUACACCAAGAUUUGCUGGAGAUCCCGAAGUCGCCGGCCGAAGCGCAUACGUUGGACCUGCGCUUCAACCGGAUCUUCGAUAUCGCUCCAGGAAUUUUUAGCCAUCUCCACCGGCUGCGAUCUUUGCUUCUGAAUGAUAAUCAGUUGAGAGAAUUGCGCUCUGGCGCAUUUCACGGCCUUCGACGUCUGAGAUAUCUCUACUUAUACCGCAAUCAUAUAAAACAUAUAGCUUCCGAUGUCUUCCACGGCAUGUCUCAUUUGGAACAGCUGUACUUGCACGUAAACGAGAUUCAUCAGAUCGAACCAGAAACCUUUUCCAACCUUCCCCGAUUAGGUCGACUGUACCUUCAUAACAAUAACUUGAAAACGAUACCCCCUGGUUCAUUCCGGGGUAUGCCGAAACUGAGCAAACUCCGAUUAGACAGUAAUGCGUUGGUUUGUGAUUGUAAUAUGUUAUGGUUUGCUCGAAUGCUCGCUGAACAUCGUAACAUUACUAUUGCCGCAACUUGCUAUGAACCUGCGAAAGCAACUGGAACAUCUUUAGCAGCAAUGCAGGAAAAAGAUUUCCACUGUCGUCAACCGGAGAUUAUGUCUGAUCCUGAGGAUGUGGUUGUUAAUUUUGGAGAUGAAGCUAUUUUUACUUGUAUGGCUAGUGGCGAACCAGCACCUGAAAUAGUGUGGUUCCGCGACUCAGCCGCCUUACCUGACGAUACAAGCAGAUACGAAAUUAUGGAUAAUGGAACUCUUAUGGUUCAUCAUGCAGAUGAAAAUGAUAUUGGAGUUUUCGAAUGUUCGGCCAAAAAUCCUGCUGGUGAAGCGCGAUCCAAGCCAGCCAGAAUGAUGCUGCAAACUAAACCAGAUAAUAACGCCUUUCCUGUUUUUACCAUCUUGCCCCGAAAAAGUGUGGUUAAUAUUAAUCAACCCUACGCACGUUUCGAUUGUGUGGCAAAAGGCAAUCCAAAACCUCAUAUUUCUUGGUAUUUCAAUGGAGAGCGUAUACUGUUAACUGAUCGAAUAACUAUGCAUCACAAUGGAUCUAUAGUUAUUGAAAAUAUUAAAUACGAAGAUACAGGAUCUUACACAUGUCAAGCUGAAAAUGUCAACGGGAAGAUAACGGCAUCUGUUACUUUAGAAGUUAUGGUGGCGCCUGCAUUUAUCAUAGUUCCAAAAGACCAAACUGUAACAAUUGGUGAUUCAGCACAUUUUCGAUGCACAGCUAGAGGAACUCCGACACCUAUUAUAAAAUGGUACAGAAACACUAUGUCUUUGCCACCAAGUGAAAAUAUCGUUUUUAGCGAUAACGAUCAAAAUUUGACAAUCGUAGAAACUUCCGAAGAUGAUGCAGGAUUAUAUCAUUGCAGAGCAGAAAAUUCCGAAGGUCUCACUGAAAUAUCUGCUGUUUUGAAAAUAGAAAGUUUUGAAAUAAUUCCACCAAAAAUUACCUUGAAACCAGAAGAUACAGAUGCAUUUAAGGAAACAACAGUUCAGUUGCCUUGUGAAUAUGAGAGUGAUCCACCAGCACUUGUGGAAUGGAGAAAAGAUGGAAGCCGUAUUAUAACUAAUGACAGAAUAAGUAUAUCUUUAAUUGGGAGUUUGAUUAUUAACAACGUUUCCAUAACCGAUACUGGAAGUUACGAGUGUUCUGUUCACAACGAACAUGGACGUGAUACGGCUUCAUCAUUUUUGACGGUAAAGGAUCACAUUUUACCUGGCGAUGAAUAUGUAAAUAUAGCUAUAACUGAAGCUAUAAGAGAUGUUGAUCAGGCAAUAGCGAAAAGUAUAGACAAUUUGUUUAACAACAAAAGUUCCAACAUUAGUUUUCAAGAUCUGUAUAGAAUUACGAGAUUCCCAAAUGCCCCAGCUAGAGAAGUUGCUCGGGCGGCUGAAAUAUAUGAGAGAACUUUAGAUAAAGUAAAAGGAUUUAUACAAUCUGGAUUGAAAAUAACAUCGGCACAACCAUUUAAUUAUGAAAAUAUAUUAUCAGCACAACAUUUAGAAAUCAUAGCCAGACUCUCUGGUUGCGUAGCACACCGUGAAAGCAAAGACUGUUCUGACAUGUGUUUCCAUAAAAAAUACCGAAGUAUUGAUGGCAGUUGCAAUAACUUUGAUCAACCAACAUGGGGUACAUCGCUCACUGCAUUUCGACGCAUUCUCUUUCCUAUUUACGAAAAUGGCUUUAGUGAACCAACAGGUUGGAACAAGAAAGUUAAAUAUAAUGGUUAUUCUUUACCGAGUGCUCGGUUAGUUUCUACAACAAUUAUUAGUACCACUGAAAUUUCUGAGGAUGUUCGGAUUACUCAUAUGACAAUGCAAUGGGGUCAGUGGUUAGAUCAUGACUUAGAUCACGCUUUGCCAUCUGCAAGUUCUCAAACGUGGGAUGGUGUUGACUGUAAAAAAACAUGUGACUACGCGGCUCCUUGUUUUCCGAUAGAUGUCCCUAAAAAUGAUCCUCGAAUAACCAACCGCCGAUGCAUUGAUUUUAUUCGAACUAGCGCUGUAUGUGGAUCGGGUAUGACCUCGGUUUUAUUUGGCAGACUGCAGCCAAGAGAGCAAAUAAAUCAACUCACGUCUUACAUUGAUGCCUCUCAAGUAUAUGGUUUUGAGAAAUCUGUAGCUGAGGAUCUCCGUGAUUUGACGAACACUAACGGUACUCUCCGAGUAGGAGCUAAGUUCCCGGGUAAGAAACCAUUACUACCAACAACAGGUUUAAAUGGUAUGGACUGCAGACGUAAUCUUGCAGAAAGCAAUCGUAAUUGCUUUGUUGCGGGUGAUAUAAGGGCAAAUGAACAGAUUGGUUUAGCUGCUAUGCACACUAUCUGGAUGAGAGAGCAUAACCGUAUCGCAACAGAACUAAAAGCCAUAAAUCCCUUCUGGGACGGAGAAAAAUUAUACCAAGAAGCGAGAAAAAUUGUCGGAGCGCAAAUGCAAGUCAUAACUUACGAACAAUGGCUGCCUCUCAUUCUUGGUCCAGAGGGAUACGAACAGCUGGGAAAAUACAAGGAAUAUGACCCUAAUCUAAACCCUUCAGUCUCAAACGUUUUCGCCACUGCUGCUCUUCGAUUUGGACACUCUAUCAUUAAUCCACUUUUACAUCGUUAUGACGAGAACUUUGAGCCGAUCCCUCAAGGUCAUUUACUGUUGCGUCAUGCAUUUUUCUCCCCAUGGAGACUAGUCGAUGAGGGUGGAGUUGAUCCGCUAUUUAGAGGAAUGUUCACGACGCCUGCUAAAUUGAAGACACCAACACAGAAUUUAAACUCUGAACUUACGGAAAAACUAUUCCAUACUGCACAUGCAGUCGCUCUUGACUUAGCUGCAAUAAAUAUUCAACGAGGACGUGAUCAUGCUAUUCCACCGUACAAUAAAUGGCGGCAAUUUUGCAAUAUGACCGAGGCUAACGAUUUCGAUGACUUGGCCAAUGAGAUCACUGACAAAACCGUACGAGACAAGCUAAGAGAAUUGUAUGGCUCUGUGCACAAUAUUGAUGUUUGGGUUGGUGGCAUUUUAGAGGAUCAAGUUGAGGGAGGUAAAAUAGGACCUCUUUUCCGAUGCUUACUUAUUGAACAGUUUCAACGAUUACGUCAUGGCGAUCGUUUGUGGUAUGAAAAUCCGUCGACAUUCUCAAGAGACCAAUUGCGACAAAUCAAAAACGCAAACUUUGCAAGGGUUUUAUGUGAUAAUGGUGACAAUAUUGAUACAAUAAGUGAGAAUGUAUUCUUGUUACCUGAAUUACAGGACGGUCUUGUAUCUUGCGAGGAUGUCCCUAAGAUCGAUCUACGUUUUUGGGCCGACUGUGAAUCAUGCGGCGAUGAUGAUUAUGAAACUGAAUCAAAUCGAGUGCGCAGAGAUGUAAUGUCAAGUGCCGAUCUUUACACUGAACUGACAGAAAAUGAUCACCGUCUAAAUACCCUAGAAGAUUCUCACGAGGAAUUGGUGAAAGCAAUUAAUAAACUUAAAAAGAGGGUCAAAGAGUUAGAGAAAGCAUGCAAUAAGUAAAUCUCCAAAUAACGACUAUGAUAAAAUGGCAAAAAAAAUUGUUCAUGAAAUAACAUUCCCUUUUCCCUUCCCUAUUAAAACAUCCCCUUUAAUAUAUCUUAUCUAUGUUUAAAUAAAAAUAAAAAGAAAAUAAAAAAAAGUACUUAUAAAAAAAAAAAAAAAAAAAAAAAAAUUGUAAUUUCAAUCUCUACGUGUCAAAAAAAAUAAAAACUAAAAGAAGUGUACAAUAGAUAAAAGAAUAAAAAAAAUUAAAUAUUAAAAAAGAAAAAAUAUCAAAAAAAAGCUCCCUGUCAAGAUUUAAUUUUAAGUAUCCUCUCUGUGGUCCAACUAAAUAAGAAUUUAUUUCAAAUCCAAAAAUAUUUUUAUUAAUAUAUUUUAUAAAGAUAAGUUAUUUAUUACCUAAGUAAUAUACUUUUUAAUUUAUUUUGCUGGUUUUAUAUUAUUAUAUUUAUACAGCUGUUAUUACAUUGUGCUUAUUAGCGUUUUAGUUUCUCAAUUUAAAGUACGUAAUAGUAUGUCGUAUAUUUAUAUCACAAUUAUCGAUGUUGCGUGUCUGUAUUCCAUAUUCCAAUAGUGUUAAUAUUUAAAGGUACUCAUAGCUUAAGGGAAUAAUAUCUCAAAACUUAUUUCUAAUUUUGUUACAUCUUUCGAAAUAUACAUAUAUUCUGCCUUUGUGUAUAUGUUUAUAAGUGCCAUUUUAUCUAAGUUUAUAUUUUAACUUUUCUGACAGUAUUAACUUUAUUAUAAUUUGAAUAAGUUAGGUAUUUGUCAAAAAUGGUCAUAAGAAUUUUCAUGUAGCGAGAAAGGUCAAGAUCCGUCCUAAAUUGAAGUUUACGGGGUCGGCGACACGAAUUAAGAAUGUAUUUUUCGAGUGUGGAAGCUAUACGAAUGCUUAAAUUUAUGCGAUUAUGAAUUGCACUUAACUACUACAUUAGGUUAAUAUAGGCGUAUAUUAAGAUUUAUUUGGCUUUCAUAAUAUCCAAAACGUCUAGAAGAUCAAAUGAAACUUGCAAUCAAUUAAUUGGGCAGCGUAGUGUGUAAUAGAACUGACAGUACGAAUAAAGUAAAUUCGUCAUUUUUAUGUAAAAAAACAAUUAAGUUGUCAGAGUUAUAUUCAGAAAUACCAUGCAGGCCGUUCAUUUAUCAAUUUUGAAACAUUUUUAGAAAAUAUUGGUGCUGCGCUCAAUAUCUUGUAAGGAUUUGAAAUAUCUAAAAAACUAGGACUCAAUAUUCUUUGAACUUGUUCAUGAAUUUUAAAAACUUCUGCGCAAUUUCAUUCUUUUCAAAGACUUAAGCUGUGAAAAGCGUUUGGACAGGAAUCUUAUUGACCAAAGUUUCAAUACUUAAGAUGUGAUUAUUAUUAUUAUUGUAUUCUAAGUAUCUUUUAUUAUAUUUACUGCAGUAAACUUAUUAGAUUUUAAAUGUUAUCUUGAUGCUUAGGGUAUAUUAAUGUGUAUUGUAUAAUAUAAUAGUGGAUUGUAACAUCUUUUAUAAAGUGCUAUCAGUAUCUGGUUUUAGAACCUAAUCAUGAGCACACUAUGCUUAGCACAUUUUUGCAUCGUCACACUACAUGCGAUCCGUUUGAAGUUUCUUAUUCAUUAACCUACGUCACUAUAAUAGUGUGCGUAGAUUUUUGAGCGCAAAACUAUAAACGCUACGUAUGGGGUGUGAUAAGCAAACUUGGGGUAAGGAUACAUUACGUUAAAAGUAACACGCGUGAAAUUUUAACACCUUUCCCAAAUCAUUUUGGAUGUGAAUAAAAGUCCAUACUUAAGGGGCUUUAAAUAACUAAAACAGUGUGAAAGUAAUCAAGAAUAUUGUUUGUAAUCAUCUCGUAUGGGCCAUGUGGCAAUUUAUGGUAUAAUAAAUAUAUACCUAGCUGUAAUGCACUAUGGAAACCGCUCACUGAAAUACACAAGAGCAUAGCAGACCUUGACCAACCGACAUCUCCGGACACCAAAUCUGAUCACAAGGAAUAACUAAACUCCGUUCGUAGAAGUGAACUAGGCACAUUGUUACAUGUAUGAAAAGAUCUAUGAAAGUUUUGUUCGAAAACAUUGGUUUAGUAAUAAUAUUCGGUCUGUUAUGUACUUGUGGUUGUUGGUGUUGCAUAUAAAGAUUAAGUCUUAGAUGUAAACGGUAGUUUGAAAUGUACUACAGAUUAUGAACGGCCUCUCUCAUGCAGACGAAACAAAAUAUUACUUCGUUUAUACAAUAACAAAUCGAUCAACAAAAAAACACAAAAUUAAUAAAAAAAAUUACUAGGCCAUUAUAAACAAAGACUAUGAUAAACAAGAAUAGAAGAAGUAUAAGAAUAUAUUGAGCAAUGAAGAAAAAAACCUAAGAUCACUUAAACAACAGAAAAUCAUUGAUGUAACUUUCAAAAAUAUCAUAGAAAAACUUUGUAGUACAUUCCAAAUUAACUAAUAUUAGAAAUAGAAAAUUAAUGUACUAAAUGUUAAACAAAAUGUAUUUCCAAGUUUAUUAAGUUCGAUUCCAUCUUAGCUUUCGAUUUAAGCUAAAUGCUUAGCGGUUACCAAAAACUUCUUGAAAAUUUACACCAAUGGCAUGUACCACAAAUACUCCACUCUCAACUCUAUUUUAAAACGGGCGCUUAUAAACUUAAAAUAACUUAACGUUACUUAAUGUAACAUAAUAUAAUAAUGUAUAUACCCCAUCAAUCAUUAUGUAAUAAAAAGUACAUAUCAUAACGUACGUGCCAAAACUUUAUAGUCUUCAAUAACUAACUUCACGAAAGCUAGCUACCGUUGGUAGAGAGACUUUAUUUCGCUUUGCAGAGGGGCUUAACAUUUAUAAAAUACAGGCACCGAUUAUGUUCGUACUCCUAUGAAAGCAGAACUUCAUCCAUAAUCGAAACUGUGUUUAAUACAAAUAAAGUUACUUUCCCGGUGCUAAGUACACUCUCCGUCAGCUAUAAGCUGAACGCACUUGAAUAUGAACGGACACAAAAAGUUUCCAAAUGUAACUAUUCCAGCUUAUUUUUAACAAGUAGCUGAUUGAUAUAAUUUCACCUGUCCCAUUUUUCAUCAGAAAUUCUGUAAUCAAAUGGGAGAGCGUUUUAAAUUUUAUAAUAGCUGAUGUUGUUUUGAACCUGUGUAUUCUUGGGGGUCUUCAAAUGAAUUGUAACAUUCUUAAAUUAUGUGAAUUACAGCCUUUUUACUUAACUAUAGGUUUGGUUACUGAAAUUUUUAUUUUGUCAAUAACAUAAUAUCUUAAUUCAAUAAGUUUUUUCAAUAAUAUGUACCUAUUAUAAUUAUCGUUACAAUCUCACUCGUCUAUGCACUCCUAUUGAAAAUUUACCUUUGUUCCAUCCCCCAGGUCACCUUCAGCAAUAUACUUGGAAAUGCUUUUUGUUAAUAUAUGAUUUGCAGUAUUUUAUAUUUGUUGGUUGCUUUGGUAACUUAAAAGAAUAUUUUCAUUGUAUUUUAUGUUCAUUAUAUUGUAAUUAGAAUAUGGAUAUACUAUGAUAGUUCAUUGAAAUCAAAAGAAAUUCAUAUUGAGACGUCAACAUGGGAUGAAAAAAAAAGCUUUGUAAUAUUCAAUCAUCAACAAUAUAGCAAGGCAGUAACUUUUCAAAAUAAACUUAAGUCACUGUAUUCAACAUAAAAGUAAUAAAUUCUUAAAACUUCUUCAGAUUAAUCUACAACGUUAUUAGAAUAUUGUAAACAGCUUACAGAUACAUUUAAUUCUGUACUUUCAUAGUGUAUCCAUAGGUUUGGUAAGGAUUGUCAAUGCAAAAAUCAAACUCAGAACAAGGUUUUAAAAUCAACAAUUGAUAAAUUUUCAUCUAGGCCAUACAAAGGGCGAUGCCAACAAAGGUCCAACUGUCGGUAGAGCCUUCUGUAUAGUGAAAUGGUUUGUCUAUAUGACUAUACUAACAUCAAGACCCUUUUCGAGUUUGGUUUUUGUUUGUAAUGAUGAGUUAUACUUUCAUGUGCGCUUAAAAAAAAUAAAUGAAAAAAUACAA